AUGGGUAACAUAUUCAGUUCGAUGUUUGGCAAGCUCUGGGGCGUGAACAAAGAGAUCAGAAUCCUCAUAUUGGGGUUAGAUGGUGCUGGUAAGACGACAAUCCUAUACAAGCUCCAGCUGGGAGAGGUGAUCAAAACCAAGCCUACGAUAGGGUUCAACGUGGAAACGUUGCAGUACAAAAAUAUCUCGAUCAACAUGUGGGAUCUUGGCGGACAGACCUCGAUCCGUCCUUACUGGAGAUGCUACUACGCCAACACCGCCGCAGUCAUAUUCGUCGUCGAUUCGACGGACAGAGAUCGUUUAGAGACGGCCAGAAAGGAACUACACAUGAUGCUCAAGGAGGACGAGCUUGUCGACAGUGCGCUACUUGUGUUUGCCAACAAGCAGGACCAGCCCGGUGCACUGACUGCCGCCGAAGUCUCCAAGGCACUCGGACUCGUCGAGUUGAAAGACAGAAGCUGGAGUAUUGUCGCCAGUAGCGCCAUCAAGGGAGAAGGGUUGACUGAGGGCUUGGAUUGGUUGAUCGACGUCAUCAAGGAGGAGCAAAUGUAG